AUGCCUUUAUUGAAUUCAAUAGCGCGAGACGAACUAUUUUCCGAAUGCUUCUAUAAUAAGAAUAACAAUAAUGGUGCAUUGGAGAUACCUCAAGACGUCACAGAGGUUCCAUGGGAUGGCUAUUGGAAGAACUUGAACUGGAAAUGUGUGGACAUGAGACGCGCCUGUCAACUCAAAAUCAUUGGGGAACAAGCCUUUGAUGGGUGCAAGUCGCUUUUUCAAGUAUUUUUUGCCCCUAAUGUACAAGUUGUUCAAGCACAGGCCUUCCACAACUGUCUCAUGCUUCACUCGGUUGUUGGAUUUGACAAGCUUGUGAAUCUGACAGAAAUUGGUGUCGAGGCCUUUGCAGGCUGUGGCAGUUUGACAAACAUGUUGCUUCCCCCGACCAUCAUUACUCUUGGUGGAGGGGCCUUUUUUCGGUGCGUCAGAUUACAAAAAGUAAGGUUGCCUCCCAAUAACCUAAACACCAUUCCAAGUCAUGCCUUCUAUGGCUGUUCGGAACUCCAAGAGAUCAAUUUGGAGUCGACCAUGGUAUGCACUAUUGAAGAAAUGGCAUUUACAAUGUGUGUGCGAUUGAUCGAAGUUGGUGUUCCCCCUACUUUGGAGACAAUUGGUCCCUAUUCCUUUUCGAGUUGCAAGAGCCUCCAAACUAUUCACGGAUUGAACCAAGCUUGUCGACUCCAGACUAUUGGUCGGGAAGCCUUUCGAGAUUGCGCAGCGUUGAUCUUGUUGGACUUGACUCAUACUAUAGUGCAAGUAAUUCAAGAAGGCACCUUUGACGGUUGUAGGAGGUUGCAGGAGAUUGUACUCAACGCCGAGUUGAUGGAUAUUGCAUCCAACGCAUUUCGGGGCUGUUCGGCAUUGCAAACAGUACAUUUUCAUCCGUCUAGCCACUUGAAAACGAUUGGAGCUGGAGCCUUCGAGGACUGUAAGACUUUGAAUCACGUGACCUUUCCAUCAAGCUUGGAAUCUAUUGAAUGUGAGGCAUUUAGGGGGUGUUCAAAUCUGGAUUCAGUCGCGUUCCAAGACGGCUUGAGAUGUAUUGCAGAAUACGCCUUUUUUGGUUGUGAAUCUUUGAUAGAUGUUACCAUUCCUAGUUCUGUCGACUAUCUAAUGGAAAAUUCGUUUGAUGGAGAUAGUUUGGAACGGAUUGAUACCAACGGGGAUCGAUUGGAACUGUCCAUUCGACUCUGGAGCAUGUAUCCUGAUGCCUUUGUUGGAUUGUCGGAGGAGAAAUGGUGUUAUCUAUAUUGUCACGAUGACAAGAAUUUCUGUUCCAUUAUGACCAGAAAGGAUAAUGAAAAACUAGACUGUGUAAAGCAAAUCUUUGCCAACAAUCUUCACAAGUUGGCUCACUGGAGUAUUUCCGUAGGAUCCAUUGGCACUUGA